GAGAGCUCCGCGCGCACUCAUCUCCAGAAGGUUGAGCGCUGCGGACCGCUCGCGCACUGAGUUUGGAGUGAACCAAUUACCGCGCUGUACAUUAACAUGGACCACUGACAAUACAGACUUGAACCCCCGGUUUCUUCACGAACUCGCCCCUGGUGUCCGUUUAAUUCGUGAUGAGACACCAGCGCCACCGUCUCCUCCCCCCAGCCGGCGGUGGAUAACCAUGCCACCCUGCCAGCAGCGCCCAGCCUCCACACCCAGAUGCUGUCUGCCGAGAGCUGACCUCCCCGCACUCCACUUCCCCAAAACAUUCGAAUAUGCCAGGACCUAACGAUGAGCUCCAACAGCACAGACCCUGGCAUUUUCCUGACUCUCAUCACGUCUCACCCUGGCGGAGGUGCCUACCCAGAAUCCAAUGCUUUGCACCAAAGAGGAGAAAGCGGAGACCCCUGGCCUCUGCUUCCCCUGACCGCCCUGGAUGACAACGCCUCAUUCCGCGGGGAUCUCUUCAACCUCAGCUCGGACGACCCCAACGGGACGGCCUCGCCCGGCUACGAGCCGUUCCUGGCCUACCCGGUGUGGCAGGUGAUGUUCAUCGUGCUGCUCACCAGCCUGCUGUCGCUCAUCACCAUCAUCGGCAACGUCCUGGUGGUGCUGUCCUUCAAGGUCAACCGCCAGCUGAAGACGGUCAACAACUACUUCCUGCUCAGCCUGGCGGUGGCCGACCUCAUCAUCGGGGUCAUCUCCAUGAACCUGUACACUGCGUACCUGGUCAUGGGCAAGUGGUCCAUGGGGAACUGGGCCUGCGACCUGUGGCUGGCCAUCGACUACGUGGCCAGCAACGCCUCGGUCAUGAACCUGCUGGUCAUCAGCUUCGACCGCUACUUCUCCGUCACACGGCCGCUGACCUACCGGGCCAAGCGCACCACCAAGCGGGCCGUGCUGAUGAUCGGCCUGGCCUGGUUCGUGUCGCUGGUGCUCUGGGCGCCCGCCAUCCUGCUGUGGCAGUACUUUGUCGGGGAGCGGACGGUUCCGCCCAACGAGUGCCACAUUCAGUUCUUCUCUGAGCCCAUCAUCACCUUCUGCACGGCAGUGGCUGCCUUUUACCUGCCGGUGACCAUCAUGAGCGUGCUGUACUGGAGGAUUUACCUGGAGACCCAGAACCGCUCCCGAGAGCUGGCCGGGCUCAUGGGCUCCGGGACUCGAGGACAGUCGGGAGGAGGAGGAGGAGGAGGAGGAGGGGGUGGAGGGGGUGCUGCCGCCAGUGGUGGUGGUGGGGGUGCUGUGUCCCGGAGCAGCGGCAGGGAAAGGAGGUCCCGCUUCAUCCAGCACCAGACGGGGAGCUCCAGAAGCUGCAGCAGCUACGAGCUGACCCGCUCGUCCCAGAAGAAGAGCUGCUGCCGCGCUCUGAUCGGCUGCUUGAACUGCUGGUCGUCCGGGGUGCGACCGGGAAGGCCCGGCAGCACCCGGGCGGGGGAGGGCGACCCGGAUCAGAGCAGCAGCGACAGCUGGAACAACAACGAGGCGGCGGUGUCCGCGGAGCACUCGGGCUCCUCGGACGACGAGGACUGCAGCGGCAGGGAGAUGAUCCCCAAGGGCCACGCCAUCUUCUCCAUCGUGCUCAACAUCCCCGGGAUGAAGGCCAUCGUCAACUCCCAGCUGACCUCGUGCGAGGACCUGGACGAGGCCUCAGAGGAGGACGCGCUGAGGGGCGGGGAGGCCGGCCGGGACGGCGGCGUCUCGCCCGGCUCCGCCUGCACCAUCACCACCACCACCACCGCAAACACCACCGCCAACUCCACGGCCGCCACCACCCCGGCCGGAGCCAACAACAGCUUCUCCCCCUGUUUCCCCUCGCACAGGCCGCAGUCUAUGCCUUUUGUCCAAACCACCGCCAAAGCGAGUUCCUUCGCCGGUCACCCAACGGCGUCCAUCGACGGCACCGCCGACUCCUCCGCCGGCACCGCCCUCAUGAAGUCCCCCUCGGCGCCCAUCACCUUCAAGGAGGCGGCUCUGGCCAAGCGCUUUGCCUCCCGCGCCCGGACUCAGAUCACCAAGCGCAAGCGCAUGUCCCUGGUGAAGGAGAAGAAGGCGGCGCAGACGCUCAGCGCCAUCCUCUUCGCCUUCAUCAUCACGUGGACGCCGUACAACAUCAUGGUUCUGGUGAACGCCUUCUGCAAAGACUGCAUCCCGCCGAAGCUGUGGGCGGUGGGCUACUGGCUUUGCUACGUCAACAGCACGGUCAACCCCAUGUGCUACGCGCUGUGCAACAAGACCUUCCGCACCACCUUCAAGAUGAUCCUGCUCUGCCGCUGGGACAAGAAGAAGCGCAGGAAGCAGCAGUUCCAGCAGAGACAGUCGGUGGUGUUCCACAGGAAGAUCCCACGGGACUCCACGUAAGAGGGGGCCGUUGGAGCCUCAGUGUUGUGUUGAAUGUAGGUGAUAAUGGGCCACGGACCAAUGGGAGAGGAAGCUCGAAGAAAACAACAACAAAAAAAAAAGGCGUGACGUGGUUAUUGUUUGUUUUCUGUGCAGCUUUACCGCUAACGGUUUCUCCGCAGGAGCCUCCCCCUGUGGUUCACCCAGGACUGCUCUUUUCAGAGUAAAAGCCCCAUUGGUGGGGCCCAGGGACGUUGACGUAUGCAGCUGAAUGUUCAUGCUGGGAUGUGCUCAGUGGGUUUUUUAUUAAAGGUGAGUUCCACAGAUGGAGGGUUGAGUGUGGUGUAUGCGUUUGUUUGUGUGUGUGUGGGGGGGAGGGGAGGCUCUUACAAUUCUACACAAGUGCAGCUUGACAGAAUGGACUGAAUUGAAAAUGAUGAAAAAGGGCUUUUAGAUGCAUCGCGGAAGAAAUAUUGAAGUGCAAUUGAAACCUAGGGAAAUUAUACCUUUUUGAGAAAAGGGAGACAUAUUUUUACCAUUUUCUCUAUAGUAGUUAUCCCAAUAGAUCUAUGAAGGGCAGAGUCUUUGGAGCUAGACGUUUAUCAGAUGUCAUUCAUGGCAAAGGGGUCGAUAUGGUCGAUAGUUAUUCCAUUGUACAUUUGACUUUCAAAUGUGGUUGGUGGAUGUUUUUAUUCAACUCUGUUCUGUACAUUGCCUUUCUACCUUAAUAUAGUUUUUCUUGUGCUUUAUGGAAUACCAAUGGUUAUGAAACUGUGUUUUUAUUUUCGAGUUGACAAGAGAUCUGUUAUUUUUGUGUAAUCAAUCUCUGGAUCUAGUUUUUUCGAGCCAGUGUUCUGCUGACAGAAUAGUGAAUAUGUUGUGUGGCACCACAGUCAAAGAGACGCUUCUGUGCUGUUUAAUGUGAGUGUCGUGAUUGACUUGGUGGAGACAAUAAUAUGUGCAUCAAGUAGCUCAUUUUUGUUUCAUGUGGUUGGGGUUUUUAUGUUUUUAAAGUAAAACGUAUACAAUGAUGAUGGUGAUAUGCUGUGUGUGUACAUUAAGAUAUUGUGACACAAUGGUUGUACAAGCAAAUACAUAAUUUUAUGGCAACAUGAUUUAUUUAUCGAUUGUUCAAAAAAUCCCAGUAUAAAUAAAAAAAAUACAUCAGUCCCCUCUUUAGUAGGUAGAGCAAUAGCGACCUCUAGUGGCGUGUGAAAACCAUGCAGAGACUAGUGAAUCUGCAAACCAAAAAAGGCACAACAGACUUCCAAAUUUCCAGAUUAUUAAAUUACACACCUCAUAAAUUCCUUGUGGAUAGAAUGUAAUUUUUUAUUAGAUUCAAUCUACUUGGCAUUAUAAAUAAAUAUUGAGAUGUUACUGAUAUCACGCGAUGUGUGAUAUGUCCAGGUUAUCUAUGGAAGCUAUGAUUAUUUAAUUAUAGAUAGAAUUUAUUACAAUUAUUUAACCACUACUUCAUGUGACUUGGGGUCUUUUCUUCUCAAAUAUCUUAAUUAAAAUGUAUUGCCAAUGAACUGAUUUCCCAUUUCUCUUUGAGUUUGUAUUGCCUGGCUUUUGUUUAUUUGCUUAUGAAUGGGGCUAACAGCAGUCACAAGGUAAACGUAAAGUUGCCAAUUAACGUAACUGCUCUACUUUAUUUUACCACACAACAUUUAAAUAAAAGUUUGAUUUUGACUAUAAUUUUUUAGUUUUCAUUUUUCUUUUUACCUUUAGCAGCAUGUUUUGAUUUUUCCAAUCUAUUCAUAUUGUACACAGGUGUGGUAUCGAAAAACAAUACAGGAUUGUAGGAAUUAGGAUACAGAGGAAGGGCUGCAGUUGGAUGGUAAUGUAUCAUUGUGGACUUUGUAGGUACUGAGAGCAAGAAGGAGUGUGCAUUGAAAUGAUAAGAAAUAAUGAUGAGUGUCUGUAAAUGUAUGGAUAUUUUAGCUGUUUCUCCAUGCAAUGUACUAAAGUGUUAUGCAUUCAUCAUUAAUAUUCGAGUUUUGUUCUUUUAAACAUUGGCCAUGUAAACUACCUAAAUUAAUGAACACCGAAAAAACGUUUUUUGUAUUUGUUACAUUUCAAGUAUGCAGUUAAUAUGAGUCAAUAAACAUGUGAU